AUGGAAAUUAGAUACCAUGUAGUGGUGCCUUCACCAGAAUUAGCACCUCCCUCGGCUGCAAAAUCCAGUUUCACCCUGAAUAUAUGGGAAAUAGUUAUUGCCUGCGUGAUAACAGCAGUGGGGGGUACUCUGACACUAGUUGAGGUGUUGGGGAAAAAAUCAGCAGGAAACUUGAAGGCAGAGAAAAUACUUUUGAGGAGGUUCCAGUUUGAAGAACUGGACAAGGCGACCCAGAAUUUUAGCAAAGAUUGCUUGCUGGGGUAUGGUGGAUUCGGGAAUGUUUAUAAAGGGACAUUCGAUGUGGAAGGAACACUAGCUAUCAAAGUGGCCCACUCUGAUUCAUACCCUGUUGAAGAAUUUAGAAAUGAGGUGAGGCUACUUUCAAGAGUAAAGCACGACAACCUUGUAGGCUUGGUGGGGUUUUGUGAAGGAACUGGGGCAAAAGGGGGGAAAAUAUUAGUUUAUGAGUAUGUCCCAAAUGGUUCUCUGCUUGAAUACAUUAUGGGAAGGAAAGGGAGGAGCUUAAAUUGGAGGCAAAGAGUAAUCCUAGCCAUUGGGGCAGCUAAAGGUAUAGCUCAUUUGCAUGAAGGGGUAAAGCCUAGCAUAAUCCACAGGGAUAUAAAACCUAGUAACAUAUUACUAGGAGAAGGUUUUGAAGCAAAAGUUUCAGAUUUUGGGCUAGUGAAAACAGGUCCAAUUGGGGAUCAAUCGCAUGUUAGUAGCCAGGUUAAAGGGACACCAGGAUACCUCGACCCAGCCUAUUGUUCAAGCUUUCAUUUGAGUCCAUUUAGCGAUGUUUACAGCUUUGGAGUGAUACUUCUACAACUGGUUUCUGCGCGGCCUGCAGUUGAUAUAGCCAAAAACAAUCUCAAUUUUCAUGUCAUUGAAUGGGUAAGCAUCCCUCCUUAA